AGAGCGCUUGGAGGAGCGACGGGCGUGCGAGGGUGCGACGGGCGCGUCGGGCGUGAUGUGGGCGUGAUGGCAGGUGUCAUGUGUGGGUUUUCGUGCCAAGAUGAAAUGCACGUAUAGGCUGGUGGUCGUGCUGGGAGGCAUAUUAGGCCUCUUGUUGAUGCUGGGAUUCAGCGGAGAUGUCACAAGGAUGCUCAGGUCAGAGGUCACGUCUGGUUGCGUUGACCUCGUCUCCUCCCAACCCAAGGUGCCCUCGGAUAAGGGGAUGCCAAGCAUCAAGCCUCGAGAAACCACGCUGGCCAAAGGAAUCGACAAGGAUGCCGUAACACAUCGUUUGAUCCCCACUGUGGGGUCAGCCACCCAAGCGCGGCCCCACGAAGGCGAAAAUCGCUUCCCUAAAUCGGAUGCCGUUGUGGGGAAUGGCAAGGAAAAGAUGGUUCUUGCUGUGGUUUGCUGCGGGAACCGUAUAAAUGAGACCCAAGUAAUGCUGAAGUCUGCGGCAGCUCUCUCCCACUCCCCCCUGACAAUGAUUGUGUUCACUGAGGAUGAGCUGAAACCUGUUUUCAAGCAAAUGUAUAUUUCGUGGCCAGUGAGUGUUCAGAAGAGGAUAACACUUGACCUCCACAGCAUCACCUUCCCCCCAGGCCAGGAUGCAAAAGCAUGGAGGAAACUCUUCAAGCCAUGUGCAUCACAGAGACUCUUUAUGCCAUCCUUGUUAAAGGAUGUGGAUGCAUUGGUGUAUGUAGACACAGAUGUGGUGUUCCUUGCACCUUUAGAAGAGCUUUGGAAACACUUUAGUGCCAUGAAUUCAUCACACAUGGCAGCAAUGGCUCCAGAACAUGAAGAUUUAGCCACUGGGUGGUAUAAUCGGUUUGCCAAGCAUCCCUACUAUGGUAGAUUAGGUGUGAACUCGGGAGUGAUGCUGAUGAACCUUACAAGACUGCGAAAAUUUGGAUGGGAGGAGUAUGUGGUUCCAAUCUACAAGCACUAUAAGCUGGCUAUAACAUGGGGUGACCAAGACAUCAUUAAUAUUAUCUUUCACUAUCAUUCAGACAAGCUUUAUGUUUAUGGCUGUGAGUACAACCUUCGACCUGAUCAUUGUAUGUACAUGAGUGUCUGCAAAGCAGCUGAGAAGCAUGGAGUGUUUGUUCUGCAUGGAAACAGAGGAACUUUUCAUAGUGACAAACAACCAGCUUUUCGAGCAGUGUAUCAUGCUUGGGAGGAGUAUCAACUUGGGGAUGAUCUGAGGCAGAACCUGUACUACCCAAUGCAGCGUUAUCUCAUCAAAACCACCAACACAAACUGUGGGAAGAUCCACAGUGCUUACCUAAAGGCACUGGGGUCUCUUGUGAGACUUAGAUGACAGGGGUGAAUAUAGUUUUUACUUUUUUAUAUAUUUUUCCUUUAUCUGUCUAUCUUUGGUAUUGAUUAUAUGUUGAUUGGCAGCUUACAGAAAUUAUUAGAUAUAUUAUUAUUACCUGUUGAUCAGGACUCAAAAAUAUUUUGUACAGUGAAAGAAAAUACUUUUUUUUUGUCUUUCUUUUAUAUAUGUUUACUUUUUAAGUUGGUGCCAAAGCCAUGGUUGGAGUGAUUUUUUGCAGCUUGUUACAAUUACUGCAGCUGAUCUUAAGUCAUAUUUAAAACAUCAAAAAUAAGAAAAGGAGGUGAUGAUCUUUACUUAUAGUUCAUAAGUAAGUAUGUAUAUAUAUAUACAAUAAGGAAAAGAUUUCUUUACUAAGGAGAGAUAUUAUGUUGUGGACUAAUGCUAAUCUCAUUUUCAAGGUAAUCUGUUCUAGAAAAGUAUGAUCUUUCAUUUGAAAUGUCUUAGUACUUUUCAAAAUAUCUUUCAACUGAUACAGGAGAGACCUUUCUUUCAAAGAACACAUAAUUGCAAUAUCUUUAAGGUAUACAAUAUCUUGAAGGUAUAUUGUUGCAAAUAUACUGUAACAAAUGAUUUCCACAUACAGAACCAUAGAAAAUGUGAGAACUCUCAGGCCUUUUCUCAGGAGUGGUUUGUGUCCACUGACUUGCCGUGUUUAUCUGCCAACCAAAAGCUCUUGUAUACUAGACUCUAUAAAGCAUUGUUGCUGUAUGGGACAUGAUAAGAGAGAUUUCAGAAUUACUAGAUUAUGGUCAGCAAUUUUUUUUCCUUUAUUUCUUUUGACACCUUAUUACCAUAUUGCAGAGUAAGUUACAGUGACCUUAUUCAACUACAGAAGGCUUGCAUUCUUACCUUGAGGAAGCCUGUGGAUAUUUGUGAGCAUGCAGAGAAGCGUAUAAUAAGUUUAAGUAUAUAUGCAAAAGCCAAGAAUAUGCAUCAAGGUAAAGUUUCACUCCAUAGAGCCCUAACCUACCUGAUGACAAGGCGACAAAAAUACAUUCCAUAUCCAGUGUGUUAUCUUGUUUGAUUAUUGUCUUUACAGAUAGAUGGUUCCAAAAGUACUUAAUCACUAAACAAUCAAUCACUAGUUCUACCCAGAUCACCUGUUUAUCCUUUUCCUUGUUUUUCAUAGAUUUUUAAAAAUUUCUUAUUACCAUUAGUAUUGUUAAUAGCAUUAUAGAAAUGAUAAUGUCAACAUUGAUAUUGAUUGUAUUAGAAGGAAAAUAUUUAUCCUGAAAACUCAAAGAAAGGGGAGUUCAGCUAAAGGUAAAUAGGCUCACAAAUUUGACAGUGUGAUUACCUAGCACCAUUGAGUUAUGUAAAGUGUGUAUUUCUGAAUGCUUAUCUAGGCAGUAGCUGAAGACUUUUUAGGGCACCCUGAGCUUCAUUUGAGGCAUAUUCUGGUUUGAAAAUAUGCUCAAAAUCACUGGUUUGCUCUUUAUUGCAUAGUCACAAAUAUCCUUCAUCAAUAUUUAUCCUCCCUCAGGCAAAAAAAUCCAUGAUUUUGCUUGGUAGGUAAGGUUUGGGCAGAAAACGGUGACAGAAAGUGGUGAGCGUGAAAAAAGCUGAUAAUGCAUACCAUUGCAAUCCAAGAUGUGAGCAUAUGGUUGGCUAAUAAAUGUGGAAAGUAAAUUGAUAUCCAGCCACUCCAUGGAAGGCUCAAGAUUCCUCAGACUCUUUCCAGGUGCUUGAAGAUCCCUAGUGUGAAUCUUAAAGAUUGCUAUGGCAAUGCAAUUUGUGAAUAAAAUGAUGAUGCCUUACCAAAGGGUUGAGUUGAAUGUUUGUGAAGAAGGCUUAGCAGGUUGUUUAAUUUUUACUAUACAGUUUCAGAUUCCUUUUGCCAUUUGCUAUUGUGAGUAUUAUCUGAUAAUUUGAUGAGUAUGCACAUGUGUGACCCCAACCACUGUAAGUCGUCAGGUGAUUACAGAACUUAUAGUAGAGCCUCGCAUUACAAUUUCCCGGUAUGUCAGGCCAAAUCUCUCAUGUGUAAACAAAGAACACAGUUUAGUCCUAGUCACUAAUUGUGUCUUGCAUGUAACUGAUUCAUCUGUUGUGUUAGAUUUCAUUUUAUUUCUGAAAAAAACUCUUAAGGGCCAGUAAAAGUUAAAAGAUAUUUAGGUAUACCUUACAGUUUGAAGGAAUUAGAUUGUGUCAAUGUUCCCAGUCUUCCAUUUUCACUCUUCAUCUGAUUUGAUUUUGGUAAACUUUUUUGGUAUUUGCAAGUUGUUUUGUAAUUGUUUGGUAAAAUGAGGUUCAUGUUCAGAAUUCCAAGACAAGGUUUAAUCAGUUUUUAAGGGAACAUUGUUUAUUACAUCAUUCAUUGACACAAGCCUCCUACAUUAUGUGUUUGUAUAGAUGUUUACAUCUACAUAUCCACCUGAGAAAGAAACUAGGCUUGUGGUACUAGUUCUGUUUCUAGGGAAACUCAUUACAAGUACUCAUUUUAAUAGUCUGAGGAGGUAAACUUCAAGCUAGUCCACUUUUGUCCAACUAACUUGAAGAUGUGUUACAAUACAUUUUGAAAAGCCAGAUACAGGGACAGGAUAGUUAAUGCUAAGGUAAAGAAUAUAUACAGUAAUGUAAUUUUAAAAAUGCUUUAACUCCCCAGUAACUGGAAUUUGUUAAAGUCUUUAAUCUUUGCUGUCCUUUUUUUCAUUUUGGGGACAGGCUAUUCAUAAGUCAGGAAUAAAGAAAUCUAGGUCAGUUUGUUAAUAUAAAAUCACACAUGUAUAUUUAUUUUUCAUUAAUUGAUUGUUCUUCACAAUGUAUUUAGAGAGUCUGAUGUCUGACAAAUAUAGAAUUAAGAACAGGAGUUUUGUUUCAAAUGGAGAAAUAUUGUAAAGCAGAUGUAUUACUUGACACAACUCAAGAUGAUACAUUUAUAUUUAUAAGCUGAUACUUUCAGUUUAAUAAGUAAAUAAAGAAUCAUAUAGGAUUGGAAAUUUGGUUAUAAGAAUGAUCUUUUUGUUUAUAUGUUUUGGCAGGCAUUGUUUCUUUUACUAUAAUGCAGAUAUGAAUAUCCUUCGGAAAGUAAUCACCAUUGUGAUCAAUCACCAUUGUAAUCAAUCCAUUGCUACCUGAUAUGUGUACUGUGGUUUUGUCCACUGUGUUUUUGUUUCAUGAAUUUUGUUUACACAUAGGUGACUCCACAAAUGUUCAGUUACUAAGGAGUAGGCUCUAUGUAACCUCACCUGGCUUCCCCAUUCCUUGAACUUUUGGGAAAGAUAUUUCUAAUGCUGCCAAUAUAGUUACUGUUAUUAUUAUUACUAUAAACAUUAUGAUUGUUAUAAUGUUAUUGAAAUAGCAAUAAAAGAUGAAAUAGUGAAAUGAUAAUAACAAAAAAAGAUAAAAUACAAUCUUUCCUAAUAUCGGGAAAGAGAAACCAGGUGCAGUAGUAGGACUUAUAAUUGACUUCUUAGUGACCAAGCUCUAGUGGCACCAUCUCUUUGUAAACACAGUUAGUAAACUAAAAACACUGCAGACAUGGCAUGUAUGUACAUGCUGUCCUGGCAGCAUUGGUUAAGCAGAGUCUCUAGUUAUAUUGUGCAAUUUAGUCGAGUUCAUUUAAAUCUCGGUUAUGAGUUCUGUAAAUAAAAAAGUGCUGAUAAUUGUCUCAUCAUGUCAGCAUAUACAGCUCUGAAACAGAUGGAGACAUGAAUUUGGAGUUUACAAGAAUGGCAACCAUUUGUGAAGGUAUUCAAAACAUAAUCAUCUACAUGUUUAUAUCAAAUUAUUUAGUUUAAAAAAAAGUUAGAUAUCAACAUUAUUAUUGAUAUAGAACAUCAUAAUGCCAUAUAUUGUGCAAUACUAUAGAAAAAAGUUGUUUUAAUUACUUGUAUGUAGAAAUUGUUAGUAAUCAUUUUAUUGGAUAUGUGCUUCCAUAGUUCCUUAUUGAGUGUGCCAUAAUGUUUUUGGGUUUUUUUGCAAAGUAUAUUAUUUUAUAUAUAGUAACUGUUUAUUUGUUUUAGAUUGUUUUUUUUUCAAAUAUUACUCUUUAUCACGUUUCAAGAAAUGAAUACUGAUGUGGAUAAGUAUUCAUAUAUAUGAAUUUAUCCUCAUGUGGGAGAGCAGCUUUAGUAGUAUAUUUGUAUUACAAUAAGAUUUUGUGUGAAUGGACAAGAGUAAUCGUAAUUUAGCCUGCAGGAGAUACCUCUUCAUAUAAUCCUUGGGCUGAUUUCAUCCUGCAUGUAGGCAUCUGCACAUUUCACCUUGUAGGUGUAUGUAACUGGUGAACACCACGAAUGGCAUCUUUUUUCAUCUGUAGAUGCCUUCGAAGAGGGUUGAUACUGACAUCUGUUGUCUUUCAGCUAUGAAUUGACACAAAGAAAUUUUAUGACAGCAUAUUUGUAUAAUUCACUGUCACAUUUGAUCCUGUGUUCAGGCAUCUACACACCUUGACUCACAUGUGCAUAACAAACAAACAUAAGUGUUUUUCUUACAUGUAGGAUGGAAUCAAACUGUCCAUUAUAUGAACAUUUUGUCAGAAUUUCUUUUUGGUAAUAUCUCCAACAUCCAUUAGUAUUUACAGGAUUUUGCUUUUCAUAUGAUUUAUUAUUAAUAUUAUUAUCAUUGUUAUUAUUACUGUUAGUCUUAGUAUUUAUCAGAUAGUAAGUGUCAUAUGAUUAAAAGUUAUUAUCUAAUGUAUUGCUUACAUUACAUUUUAUGAAUUCAUCAUAUUAAAAUCAUGUGAAUUAUUACAGUAGUAUAUAUUUUCAUGUUUCAUAUCUGUCAAGUUCACUGAAUUGUAAAUGGGUAUUAUUAUAAUUAUUGGUGCAAAUUAACACAUGGAUAAUGCAAGGCUUUUAUUCCAAAUUGUAUCUUUAUUUUCUACUUGAUUAUAAUUUUUCAUAUGUAUUUGUUAUUGUUAUUAUUAAGUGAUUGGAUUUUUUACCUAAACAGAUAUGAAAUAAGUUUGUAUUACUUAUACAGUAUUCCAUUCAAGCUGGCCUUGGCUGGAGCUUUUCUUAAAUUUGUUUUAUUUAUUAUAUGUUCAUUGCUUAAGGGAACUUUAUUGUUUAUUACAGCCAAGGUAUAUUUAAACAUGUAGCACCACUUUAUUUACCUAUUGAAGCCAAAAAUGAAAUUCUCUUGAGUAUUCUGAUAGCUGAUUAUGGUAUUGAAUGUUUUGUUAUCAUAAAUAAAUAAGUGGAUUUUAAACUUUUAGUAAUUAUAACAAUAUUGAGUAAAUUGUCUAAAUAAUUAUGUAACAGGAUAUACCUGAUAUCUUAUGAUGCACCCUCACUGGGUAUAAUGCAUUGUCAUUUGCUCAGCCUGUUCAAUCUGUGCAAUAUUUUAAGGCAAGUAUUUCUUCAGUAUAUAUAAUGAGUGUUUUUAAAAAAUAAUUGAAAAGUAAACCAAGAAAAAAAAAAAAAAAAAUUG